AUGGCGCCGGCGGCGCUCGGGCGGCUGCGGCGGCUCCUCCCCGCGGCCCCGCUGCUCGGCCGCGCCCCGCCGCCGUCCCGGGCCGCGCAGACGGGCGGCGCCGGACCCCCCCGGCCUCGCCGCGACCUCUACGAGGUGCUGGGGGUCGCGCCCACGGCGACGGCGGCGCAGAUCAAAACGGCGUACUACGAGAAGUCGUUCCGCUACCACCCCGACCGCAACGCCGGCAGCGCGGCCGCGGCCGAGCGCUUCGCCGCCGUCAGCGAGGCUUACCGGGUGCUGGGCAGCGCCGCGCUGCGCCGCAGGUACGACCGCGGGCUGCUGAGCGCCGCGGAGCUGCGCGACGCGCCCCGGCCCUCGGGCCCCGCCGCCGCCGCCGCCGCCGCCCCGCCGCCGCCCCGCGCCGCCGCCGCCCGCCCGGGGCCCGUCCCCGCGCCCUUCGACUUCGACGCCUUCUACCGCGCGCACUACGGGGAGCAGCUGCAGCGGGAGCAGCUGCAGCGGGCGCGGCGGGAGCAGCUGCGCCUCCGGCGGGAGGAGACCGCGGCACAGGGACGCCUGCGGGUCCUCUCGGAUCUCUCCGUCGGGAUGCUCUUCUUCCUGACCAUCGCGCUGCUCUACGGCCUCAAGUGACGGCGGGGCCGUGGCGGGGCUGGGCAGCCCCCGCGGUGUCACCAGGGGCCGUGUCCUGCAGCGCCCGGUGUCUGCUCUCCAGCCUGGGACACUGCACUCGGCCAGCGUGACCUUCACGGGCAGGAAUCCACCGGCAGGCUCCACAGGCUGUGAGCUGGCCCCUGCCAGCGUGACCUUGGGACACGCUGUGGUGCCCCUGGAUGCCCUCUGUGGGCACAGCCUGUGCCACUCAGCAGGACCUCGCAGAGGUGCGGCAGGAGCUCUGGAUGUGCCCCUCAGCCAGUGCCACCUGCACAGUUGCUGCACUCUGGACUGGCAUGUGUCCCCUCCUUUGGCGCAGCUGUGUGACCUUGGUGUGCCUGCAGAGAUUAAAGGCUGUCAGAGGUGCUGUGUGCUCUGUGUGUUCAGGGUUGCAUUCACUGGUGGCUCUGCUGAUGCCAGAGCUGUGCUGGCACACCUGCUGUCACAACAUCUCUGGGGAGCUCCUGAUGUCCCACUGCAUCAGCCUGCUCAGAAUGGCAGGGACACGAGUCCUAGAUCCAGACUUGAGGAAUGAAACCUGAGCCCACACUGGCUCGUGCCCUGGUCAGUGUGUGACAUUGCCUGGAGGUGUGAGAAAGCACUUUGGUGUCUGAAAUCCUCUGUCCUGUCUAGGGCCUGCCAGGAAUUUCAGACAAGCCCCUCCCUCUGAGGUUUUUGGCUGCGGUGCACCUAUGGGCACCAAGUGCUAUUCUCUGUGUUUUACACCUGUCUGAGCAUCAUUUGCACAAGAGUUUUUGCCUAUUUAAACAUUGAAGUGCUUUAAGAACUAAAGAUUGUAUUUCUCAGAACCUUUUCUCUGUCCUUGGGUGAAGGCUCACCUGUGCUGUGCUGCUGCUACCUGAGCUGAGGGAGAGAAGCUUCCUGGCAGUGGCCCGAGAGUGCCAAAGACUGUGUGAGACACUGGGUUUGCCAUCAGUGGGAUGAGCAGGAGCCCAACCCUUGUUCCCUCAUCACCCAGACCCUGGGUUGUGUUUUGUCCCAGCAGGAGAAUGUUACAAGUGAAUGCCCUGUGUUUUCCACGGUGGAUUUCUGUGAUGCUCAGAGCUGAAGCAGUGACACAGCAGAGACCACCGUGCCUGCUGGCUGUGCAGAUUGCUCUCUGCCUGCUCCCAACAGCCUUGUGCCACCUCCAGCUGCACACUAGAGGCUGCUGCAUGCUUGGACUAAGAGCCCAGGGGCAGAGUGAGCAUUCCAGGAUCCUCACUGCGUGCCAGCCUGUCCCUUCAGCUGGGAUCACAGCACUAGACAUCAUCGUGGGAGACACAGGAGCCUGGUGUGCCCUGGCUGCAGAGGGAAGCUCCCUGGAGCUGUGGCUCUGGCACCUGCUGAUGCAUUGUCAUGCUCAUCUUCAUUCUGUAAAGCAAAUCACUGAAAGAUCAGAGGUAGCUUUUGGGGCAGAAUUUGGCAGGAAACAUUAAUUUCCAGGCUGGAAAAGCCAGCCAUGUCCAUGGCACUAGGGAGCACUCCUCUAGCUCCCACCCAAACAGGGGUUUGGCAGUUCCUGCUGCUGGUUCUUCCUCUUCCUCCUCAGGUCUCUGUGAUGUAUUUUGAAGAUUAAAGACAUCCAGCCAUAAA